GUGACGCACAUCACGGGUGCCAGCCCACGUCACUGUGCAGGGAAGCGGCAGAGCAUGUGAAAGAGCUGAUAUCAGUUUGCUUGGAUGUGUGAUCAACAAUUCUUUAAGACCUGUUAUCCUUGUGAUACAAGAACAAAAGAUAUCUCGGCUUCUGCAGUUUCAUCUCCAGUGCACUUUUGCUAUCCAUAUUCCACGACCAACUUCUACACCCAACCCCACAACCUACCUCAAACAAGAUGGAGUGGUCAAAGAAGCAAUACAACCAGCAGUACGAGAACUGGAUGCCUUGGGUUGAAGACAACGUCCUCUAUUACUUCACCAAAGACAACAAAGCUUCAUAUGCUACCAAAGGUACCGUCUAUUCGCUGUGCGACUUGUUCAAACACCAUGUUAACAUAUUCCAAACAGAUCAGCUUAGCAAGAGCAAGAUCACUGGUAACGAACAAGUCGACAACCUUCAAGAUGGCGUGAACAAUCUCGCAGCCGGACAGAUCGGUCAAGGUGGACUUUUACAACCUGUUGGUGACCACAUCUCCAAGGAGGGCAUCAACCGUGCCGAAAGAGGAGGCAAGGACGAUAGCGGCAGCUACGCAGGUGCCAUGAGUGACAACGCACAAGCUGGCGCCAGCAAGGUCAGCGAGGGCGCAAAGGGCGCAGGAAGCUACAUGGGCAGCUUCUUCGGCGGCAAGAAUGAGGAGAAGUGAUCAGAAAC